AUGGGCUCUACCACCCAGAACUCGCCCCUCCUCCAGCUCCCCCCAGAGCUCCGCAACACAAUCUGGGCCCUCGUCGCCGCGCCCCUCCCCGUCGACUUUGAAUUCAACUGCGACGAGCAGCCCGUCCUAGGCCUCAUCAACACCUGCAAGCAAACAGCUCGCGAACUCGCGCCGCACUUGUUUCCCCGCAGCAAAGCGGGCGAGAUACCCUGCCUCACCAUCCGCAUCACGGCGACAUGUCGCAAGGACCAGUGGAUCACCAUCGCCGCGUCGCAUAGCGUGAAGAGCGCGGAUUUCCCGGCGCCGCGGUAUAUUCAUGUUAAUCAUAUGGAUAACCCCGUGUUCGACGAGCUGCGAGACGCGGACAAGAUUGAGAAUGUGUUUGUGGAGUUUCGGGGGCCGUGGUUUCCGGCUGAUGCGCCGUGGUAUUCACCACACCAUGUUCCUAGAAAGACGAGCGGGUUUCGCUUCAUGAUGAUUGACAAGAAUAAUCGAGGAUGCCAAGGUGAACCCAUCCUCGACACCGAAAAGUUCUGGCGCCAGUGGAACGCGCCGUUCCUCUGCCACUGGGCAAAGGCCAACGACGUGGCGCGCCUCCUCGGCUCCCUCAAGGCCAUAGGAACCCUCAACAUCAAGUUCAUAGACUGGGAAAAGAACUACAUGAUGGUCAGGCAGCGUAUUCUACCCAUGUACUGGGACGCCUUCCCCUUCGGAGGGCAGUGGAAGCGCCUCGGCAUCCCAGAGUUGCUCCUCACGCCUUUCAACCGCGGCGAGAACAUCCCGAACCUGGUCGAUGAGCAGCGCGUACUGACGCGGUUCGGAGCCCUGGAUCUCAGCAGGCCGACGCGGGAGGAUGAGCCUCUGGAGUGCGACCCUCAUCCGGAUAGGCCGCUUCGAGGGUCAGCAAUGCGUUUGGAUCGGCUUGCACCUCUAUUCUUUUACCGUGGCGGGCUCUCUUCCGCCACCGAGGCUGGACAUCUGAACGUGAACUUUGGGGAUUUGGAAGACCGAUUCCUGUCGCUGCUGGAAAAGGUGGGGGAGGAGCACUACGAUACGUGGGCAUUGCAGCAGCAUCGAGAGGCGACGCGCCAUACUUCACUCAACAAUUUCUUCCAACGGAUCGCCCACCGGGUGAAUCGUGAUGAUUCAGAUUCACCCGCCAGUCAAUCGUAA